AUGCAAAUUGGACGUAUCAACAGCUCCCAGGGUGGUGGCGCGAGCGGCAACAAGCGGAGGUUUGACGGAGGCGGGGGCGGCGACGACCGGAGGCCUCCUCCAGAUGGCGGCAGGCAGGCGGAUGAUGUCGGUCGGGGCCUGCAGCAGGACAGGGAGCCAUCUCGUCAUCGCUCCCAGGAGCCCCCGCGGGCGCAAGGGUCGAGGCAACAGCCGUACCACUCGGGCACCCACAACCAGGGUGGGGGCGGGCUUGCUCAGGGGAGCCAGGGAGGCGCGGGCAGAUCGCAGUCGCAGGGUGCGGCGGGCUCCCAGAGGCAGAAGGGCAAGGACAAGCAAGGGGCUGGGCAGGCGACGGCGCCCGCAUCUAGCGGAGAGUGCUUCCGUUGCGGGAGGUCCGGGCACUUCCAGUCUGAAUGCUCCUUUGAGCCCCUCUGCAUCAUCUGCAGCAAGGAGGGCCACAGCUCUGCGAGCUGUCCGACCCGUGGCAAGCCCCUCCUGCUGCAGUCCAUGGGGCACACGAUUUCGGGCGGCGGCUUCUUCAACAUCGACGUGGAGCCGAUCCGCGACGAGGGUCAGGGGGGCCAGUUUGCGGCGGUGAUCAAGUUCAGAGGGGCACCACUUUCAGAGUCUCAGCUUUCCGACGAGCUCAAGAAUCUCGUGGAUGACCUGUGGGACUGGCAGGUGUCAAAGAUCACUGACUCGGAGUUUACGGUGCACUUCCCGUCCAGGGCCACCCUCAAGAUGAGUACGGGGAGUGGGAAGCUUUACCUUCCCCUGCGCAAGACUGAUGUGGAGAUCCGGGAGGCCUUUUUGGCCCCCCAGCCGGGGAAGGCGCUCCCAUCGACGUGGGUGCGGUUGACCGGGGUCCCGCGGGACCUUCUGGAGGUGGACAGACUGAUGGCGGCCAUGGUCAUGGUGGGCAGGCCUUUGGAGUUGAUGAGCUCUCCUUGCGGAAGUGGAUGA